AUGAGCACUCCAUUUUUCCUCAUUAUACUUGUCUAUGCUAUUCUUCCUUGCACUGUUGAGUCUUCCCCUUCUUUACAUCCCCACACAAGCAAUGCUACUGAUGAGCAGGCUCUCUUGGCAUUCAAGUCAGCCAUCGAGUAUGAUCAAUUCGAUUCAUUCACAACAUGGACUUCCAACGUCUCAUUCUGCAACUGGAAAGGUGUCACCUGUUCUCACCGUAGGCAAAGAGUUGUCUAUCUCAAUCUCUCCACCGUGGGUUUGCUUAGCCGAAAUAAUUUGACAGGUAGAAUACCCAACACCUUGGGGAACAUAUCCUCUUUGAACUAUAUAGAUUUAGGUGAGAAUAAUCUCGAGGGGUAUAUCCCUUGGGAACUGGGUAUGCUUUCUCAACUCAGUUUCUUGGCUUUGUAUUUCAACCAUCUUACUGGAGGAAUUCCCCCCUCCUUGUCAAAUUGCACUUCCCUGCAAAAAAUGAGCGUCCUUGGAAAUUACUUAUCUGGAGAGAUUCCAACGAAGUUGUUCUCUAGGACUAUCCACUUGACAGAAUUGUAUAUGGGUCAUAACAAUUUCAGUGGCAGGAUUCCUGUCACUCUCUUCAAUUGUUCGCAGCUUCAAUUUCUCAACUUAGGCGACAACUGGCUGAGUGGAAUAGUGCCCCAAGAGAUCGGAAAGUUGCGUAGACUUACGCGCCUUAAUUUAUGGGGUAAUCAGUUUGUAAGUGGUAGCACCACAAGCUUACCCUUUCUCACUGCUCUUACUAAUUGUUCUUUUCUGACAGUAAUAGAUUGUGCACAUAAUCAUUUCACAGGUCUCGUACCCUCAUCCAUCGGACAACUUUCUACAAAUCUAGGAAUUUUAUUCUUGGGUUACAACAGAAUAGAAGGAGAAAUUCCUUCUCUGAUUGGAAAUCUCACCAAUUUAACUCUGCUAUCUUUAAGUGGAAAUCUUUUGACAGGUGAGAUUCCUUCCGGCAUCGGUAGGCUCCUAAAGUUGGAGAGACUAUCCUUGGCUUUUAAUAAUCUACAAGGAAACAUCCCGGUGGAGAUUGGUCAACUGAAGAACCUAGGGCUUCUAUAUAUUUCAUAUAGUAAUAUUUCUGGAAAUAUUCCGAACUCACUUGCCCAACUCCAGCAGAUAAGAGAACUGUACCUUGAUGCCAACAAGUUAACAGGGACUAUUCCAUCAGGUUUAGGUGAAUGCAGAAAGUUGGAAGUGGUUGAUCUUUCAUACAACAAGCUCCAUGGGCAGAUACCUCCACAGAGUAUAGAUAUUUCAGAAAAUCAAUUAACAGGCUAUAUUCCAGGUACAAUAGGAGGUUGUGUAGCACUUGAAUAUCUGAAUUUUUCCUUUAAUAAACUCCAAGGUCCGAUUCCAGAUUCUCUAGAGGAACUUCAAGAUCUCAAAGUCUUAGAUUUCUCUUCCAACAAUUUGUCAGGACGCAUACCAUUGACUUUAGAAAAGCUUAAAGCGCUUCAGCAUCUUAACUUGUCUAUAAACAAGUUGUCGGGAGAAGUCCCAAAAGAUGGCGUUUUCAAAAGGCUUAAUGCAACAUCAUUUACUGCAAAUCUUGGGUUAUGUGGACCUUGGGUAAUGUUACCGCCAUGUUCUUCUCCCAAACAUAAAAGUUUUAGGCAUCUAAAAAGUGUGUUGAUACCCAUUGGGACUGCAGUGUUUGUUAUAUGUUGUGUGGUCAUAUUUUUCUUGUGGAGAUCCUAUUGCAAGACACCGUCUACGACCUUGAAACCCUUUGAAGUGGGGCCUCAGAAAAUUUCAUUUGAAGAACUUCUCACAGCAACAGAUGGAUUUAAUGAGGCCAACUUAUUAGGAGUUGGUAGCUUCGGAAAAGUGUUCAGAGGGGUUCUGAAAGAUGGGACAAUGGUUGCUAUCAAAGUUCUUAAUAUCUUGGAUGAAUAUGCACGGAAAAGUUUUGAUAGAGAGUGCAAUGUUUUAAGGAGAGUUCGGCAUAGAAAUCUUAUUAAAAUCAUAACCUCUUAUUCAGAUUCAGAUGUGAAAGCCUUAAUAUUUCCUCUUGUGGCAAAUGGCAGUCUAGACAAGUUUUUAUGUCCUGAAGGCGAAGAAAGUUCUCAAGGUCAACUGUGUCAUUUGGAUUUGACUCAGAGGCUCAGAAUAGCGUUGGACAUUGCACAAGGCAUGGAAUACCUUCAUCACCGAUGUUUUGUGCAAGUCAUCCAUUGUGAUUUAAAGCCCAGUAAUGUGCUCCUUGGUGUGGACAUGACAGCCUAUUUGAUAGAUUUUGGCAUUUCAAAAUUGUGCAGGGGAAACUCCAUGGAUUCAUACACUUCUACACAUAACCUGAAAGGAUCCAUUGGAUACAUUGCUCCAGAAUAUGGAGUGAGUGGACAUGUUACUACAAAAGGAGAUGUGUACAGCUAUGGAAUAAUGUUACUGGAGAUGAUGACUGGAACGAAGCCAACCAGCAGCAUAUUUGUACAAGGAAUGAACUUGCAUACGUGGGUGAGCAGAUGUUUUCCGAAUGCAAUAGAAGAAGUGGUUGACAGAAAAUUGUUGAGUGUUGACCUGAACAAUGAUGAAAAUAAGGUAUUGAAUUGCCUCAGGCAACUCAUCUGCGUGAGUUUGCUUUGUUCAAAAGAAUCCCCGGCAGAACGACCAAGUAUGAUUGACAUUGUAAAAAUGUUGCAUAUUAUCAAAGACAGUUUUCUUGGAGCUGCUUCAACUACAACAUUUCAAUUAGAUCUAUCGUCGUUGCUAAACAGCAGAAAUGUAGGUGGCAAAGAUGAUGAAAGCCAAAGUUCUUCAUUCUGA